AUGGUAUGCCUCGCUGCUGCCCCACUCAUACGAGGAACCGCGUCUUCUUCUCCAAUCACACGACCUACUGCGCAGCCACGACGGGCAGGUACAUCCAAUGCUCAGCACGGGGAGCCUGACACUAGCAGCAUGGAGACUGACGAACUCCAGCAAACACAUAGCCAACUUUCGGAGCAGGCUGCACACCUCAUUGAGGCAUCAUGGAGGCGGGGAACACAGCUCACCUACACCUCUUGCUGGCGCAGGUGGGAACGUUGGUGCCAUUCAAGGACUGUUGAUCCCUUUUCUCCCACUCUAACACAGGUGCUCAACUUCCUCGCUAGCCUCUUUAAGGAGGGCCUGGCGUAUCGCACUACAGGGUGUUACCGUUCCGCCUUGUCUCAGAUCUUGCAUAACUUUGACGGUUGCCCUCUAGGGGAACUCCCAUCAGUUGUGCGCCUUAUGAAGGGAGCGUUUAAUUCUAACCCCCCCAAACCCCGAUACCCCAGAACUUGGAGGGUUGAAACGGUGACAACCCUCCUGCAGUCGUGGGGUCCUAACAAGGAUCUUAGCCUCAAGAUGCUCACUAGCAAGCUAGCUAUGCUAUUAGCCCUUGCUUCAGCAGGCAGGACGUCAGACUUGUGCCUGCUUUAA